AUGUACCUAAGACUUGUUGCAAUCUCGGUUGUCUCGUGCUUAUCAGAGUACAGCUGGACACCAGAACUCAGUGCGAAACUUCUAUCUGCCCUCACAGAUGACCCAGAUAUCAAACAAGGACACCUGAAGCGAAUCCGAGAACAGACGUCAUUGAUAACAGCAAUAUUUCUAGAGACCGAGCUUUCGUCUAUUAUCAAUGUGCGAACGGGAUACUGCUUAGUGCAAUACCUCGCGGGAAGCUUUCAGCGUUCGCCGAGGUCGCAUACAAACGCAUCCACUCGAGGACACGUUGUAGCGGGGCGUUCUGGCAGGAUUGAUCAGGUCGGGAGUGCCAGGGGUGCUGGUGCAGUAGCAGAAGUCCUGGCUCGCAGUCGCACUUUUUCGGGUGACGGCGAGACUCUGUUUAAGACUGCCGAAUUUCGCCGUAACGAACGGUAUCCUGACGCAGCUGUUGUAAAGGACAAGAAAGUCCCUACGCAGCCUAAGAAGCCUCUAUCCAAACCUCGAGUGCUACCCACCACCGCAAUCAAAGCAGCCACGUCCAUCCAGCAGCCUAAAUUCCGCAAGGGACACAUGCCUUACCAAUCGGUCUCCUCUGACGAAGAGGAGAAAGCACAUUCUCAACUAUGCACAUACACGACAGACCCUGCCAGAAAGUUUGGCAUCAACGCAAAUUACUACUACAUCAUCUCUGCGCAAGGAUCAGGCUGA